AGUAGUAGGGGGCCUAAACAGACAUAAAACCAACCUUAUACAAAGAAUUACUUUCUCCAAAAAAGGAUCCAGGAGAAUUGCUUUUUUACAUAGAGGAUGAGAACUAAAUAAUCCCCCAUUUUUAUUUCACCAAAGAGAAUCACCCUUGAAAUGAGAGUAGAGAGGGCGUCCCCUUAGUACCCAGAGCUUGAAAACAAUAUGCCCAUUUCCUCCCACAGGACACCAAGAUGCCACCAAAAAUCAAAGGAAAGAUAUCAAAAGCUGGGGGACAGAAAAAGAAAAAGAAGAGUCAAGAUGCUGAAGCUGAGACCAAGCACAGAAGAACAGCCCUGGAGCUGGACAUCCUCCAUGACUUUCUGGCUCUUCGACGGGAUGAGACUCGCCAGGCUAUAGCUGGCAAAGAACGACUUCGAGAGAGGCUACAGGAGUUGGAAGCUGAAGUGAAAGAGGUUCGGAGUGACAGAGAGGCUGUGUAUGCAGAGAUGAGUCUGCAGUACCAAGCCCUGAAGGAAGAGACUGAGACACAAAGCCAUCGGCUGGAAGAGGAAGUAAAGAUCCUUCGGAAAGAACUAGAGACGUGCCAAAGAGAGGCAAAAACUGCUAAGGAAGAGGCGGAACAGGCACUAGCAGAGCGAGACAAGACCCUUGCUCAGCUUCAGGCCUAUGUGACAGACAUGGAGGCUAAGUAUGAAGAAAUUCUACAUCGCAGCCUGGAUCGGCUUUUGGCCAAACUGACAACAGCCAAGCUUGAGUGGGACGCUACUGCCCUGAGGCUCCAUGACAAGCACAAAGAACAGCUUCUGCAAUUUGGGCUCAACCCCCUGGACCUCUGAAACUGGGGACCCAUGGACUCAAGGGCCUUGUAGGCUCCCAGCAAUAAAGGUUUUGUGCUAUAGCACUGAGCAAGAGGGACCCUUUCUCCAUCUGAGAAUCUUCUCUAGGUGAACCUGGCAUGGGGGGAAGCUCUGUUGUGAGAAAGUAUAUUGGGUUGGA